AUGUGCGAAGAGCAAGUGGCGGGCUUUCGUAAAAGUGUAAAGCGCUUAUCAAAUUUGAAAUAUUUUAUCGAUCCAGAAGUUGAACAUGUUCUCGUCUUUGCGACUGGUACCAAAUUUUUUGAUUAUGACAUUUAUCUCAAUCGACAUAUUUUACUCAUGGAUAAGGCUAGUUGUUUACCGUGUUUAGCAUUGUCUCCACCGCCAGGUAGUACUGUUCUUGAUGCUUGCGCAGCACCCGGUAAUAAGACAAUAUGUUUAGCUAAUUAUUUAAAAAAUAAAGGUGUUCUCUAUGCAAUUGAAUUGAAUAGACGUCGUUUUAAAGAACUUAACGCGAAUUUGAAAUCAGCCGGUGUUAAAUGUGCACAUACGCUAAAUGAUGAUUUUUUAACUGUUGCGCUGCCGUUCGAUGAAAUUGAUUAUGUGCUACUUGACCCGUCGUGUUCUGGUUCGGGUAUUCGUAAUCGAGCUGAUGAUACAAAAGUAAUUGAUGAAGAACGUUUAGAACGUCUUUCUGCAUUGCAAACACGUAUGAUUACACAUGUAAUGACAAAAUUUUCCAAAGUAAAACGUGUGACAUAUAGUACCUGUUCGAUAUAUAGUCAAGAAAAUGAACAAGUGGUUGAAACAAUUCUCGAUCAAUUUAGUGAUACGUUUCAGCUUGUCGAUUUUCUACCGGAAUGGCCAAGUCGUGGACAAACAGAAAGGACACGAGCAUGUUUACGUGCAUCGCCCGAUGAUACAUUAACCAAUGGAUUUUUUGUUGCUUGUUUUGAAAGAAUAAUAAAAAUCGAUAUUCAAUAG